UCCUUAGUAACCUGGGCGAUAGCUGUGGAUGUUUCCAAGGAUUGUCUUCAGUCAUGGCCUUGGGAUUAAAGUGCUCCCACAUGGUCCACCCUGCCUUUCGCAAUUAUCUUGCAGCCUCUAUCAGACCCGUUUCAGAAGUUACACUGAAGACAGUGUAUGAAAGACAACAUGGCCAUAGGCAAUACGUGGCCUAUUCAGCUGUACCAGUCCACCAUUUUGCUACCAAGAAAGCCAAAGCCAAAGGGAAAGGAAAGUCCCAAACCAGAGUGAAUAUUAGUGCUGCCUUUGUUGAGGAUAUAAUCAACUUGGAAGAGGUGAAUGAAGAAAUGAAGUCUGUGAUAGAAGCACACAAGGAUAAUUUCAAUAAGACUCUCAAUAUAAGGACCUCACCAGGAUCCCUUGACAAGAUUGCUGUGGUAACUGCUGAUGGAAAACUUGCUUUAAACCAGAUUAGGCAGAUCUCCGUGAAGUUGCCACAGCUGAUUUUGGUGAAUAUGGCCAGCUUCCCAGAGUGUACAGUUGCAGCUAUCAAGGCUAUAAGAGAAAGUGGAAUGAAUCUGAACCCAGAAGUGGAAGGGACACUAAUUCGGGUACCCAUUCCCCAAGUAAUCAGAGAGCACAGAGAAAUGCUGGUGAAACUGGCCAAACAGAACACCAACAAGGCCAAAUACUCUUUACUGAAGGUUUGUACCAACGCAAUGAACAAGCUGAAGAAAUCCAAGGAUACAGUCUCGGAGGACACCAUUAGGCUAACAGAGAAACAGAUCAGCCAAAUGGCCGAUGACACAGUGGCAGAACUGUACAGGCAUCUGGCAGUGAAGAACAAAGAACUCCUUGGAUGAAAGUCCACUACAGGCCAGCAAUACUUCAGAGCCCAGUUUCUGCUGGAUCCCAUGGGUGGCACAUUGGGACCUCUCUCCCUCCCCCAUCCACACAGAAGACUGUCACCAUGCUGACAGAAGGCUGUCUUUGUGAGGCCCAGCCUUCCAGUGGAACACUCAGACUUGUUCAUUCUCUUCCUCCUUCUGCUCUGGGCCUUCUGACGUGGGUGGC